AUGGACAAACUAAAGGAGCAAUUUAUUUUAUUUUCUCAUACCCAUAGCAGCGAUGAGCUUUACACAAUUAUUGCUGGGAGUCUUACAUCAACACAUAUGACAGCAAGCAAAUGCCGUGAAAUUGUCGCAGAAUUUGAGGAGAAGCAUUUGUUUUAUUUCAGUUUAUUCAAGCCCAAAGUUGAUAAUGGUUCAAAAACCUGGAUGACAAGAGUAAAAGAAGAUAUAAGAAACGUUAAGCGAAGUGGGUUUGGCCCAACAUUGCGAGAACUUUAUGCAGUUUGCGAAAUAAUCAACACAAACAUAUUUCUGCUGUUCGAAGGAAAAGAUAACACAAUGAAAGCGUGGCAAAUUCAGCCUGUAAUUCGAGAAAACGAAACUAAAACACAACCGCUAAUAUUGCUUUUGAUAACACAUACAGAGGAACCUUGCUUCCAACACAUAAAAGGAAAUGCACAUUUAGAUGGAUUAGAUAUUGAAACAAUCAACGCAAAUCAUACCGAAUGUCUUGAUAAAAGAUUUCGAAAUGAUUUCAAAGAUCUUCAGAUAAACUUCAUGCUUCGUAGAGAAGACAAUUAUGCCUCUACAACAGAACCGACAGGAGAGCAAGGCAAACCAAAAACAAACGUAUUUUCUCUAUGUAGCCAAAUCGUUUAUGGAAACAAGGAUUAUGCCCAAGCUGUCAAGGAGUGUAUAAAAAUGCAUAUGGAGGAGGAAGAUUUUCGGGAAGUUUACAUGCAUUUUGUUGACGUCAAAUCUUAUGUCACAGAAAAAGAGUACAAUGCUAUGGAAAAUAUUUCUGAUUCGGGCAAAAAAGAAAAAAUGCGCGCAGAAUUAAUCAAAAAGGCUUUUGAAGAGCAUGUAAAUAAGUGGCAGUCUUUUACCCUUGAAGAAUUUUUCGCAAUUGCAAGUGUCUACAACAUAGAGGUCUUUGUAAUGCCUGUUCAAACGGAAAGAACUCCAAAACAUAAUACCAAGGGGACUAAGUUUUUCCUACCUAUUUGCGGAAGUUAUUUGUUUACAUUUAAGACGCCAUUUGUUUUCCAAAAAUGUUAUGACGAAUCAUAUAAAGCAAUUUUGGUUGAACAGGAAUGUCUUUGUCUCACAAGUAAACCAGAAGUGUUUGGCAACUUCCCAAUUAUUAAUGAUGAGAUUGAUCUAAGGAGAGUAAAGAAACUUGAUAUCAAAUCGUGUUGUCCAAACCUUGGUAGACAUGGCCGCCACAGACAUUUUCAACAUCUUUGGAAUAAUGAUGAACCAGAAGAAAGAUCGAUGAUGCAAGAAAGCAGAAUUAUUAAAUAUUGUAAUCCGAUGAAUAGGCAUAUAGAAAUAAUUCAUGAAAUAAUGGCUGAAGAAGGAAAAACUUUAGAUGCUAUAAACGGAGGGAAAGGCAGUCUUCAAAUGUGCAUAAGUAAGGAAAUAUUUGACGACGAAGAUGCAAGGAUACCUGUCAGUCUUCCAGUUAAUGAUGUACAGAAAUCAUUUGAGACCGUUGCCGACUGGACAGGAAUUCCUGUGUAUGUGUUUUCAUAUUCUGAAAAAGUUUUUCAAUGGGUAUCGAUUUCUCCGAAGAAAUGCAACCCAAAAAGAAGUUCCAAUUGCCGAUAUUACAUGACCAUACUACAUAAUCGACAGAGUGGGUAUUUCGAUAGAAUUGUUCCAAAAAAUGGGUGUAAUUGUCUUCAGGUUCACCCAUAUGUUGCAUCGUUGCAGAGCGGUGAGCAAUUAUCAUAUAUAAUCGUGAAAUACUGGAGUAGUUUAGAAAAUAAUCAAGGAUUUUUUUCUGUU